UACGAUACACGAUCACUCAUUUUGCAUCUGCCUGUCAACUUUUUUUCGUAGUCUUUUUUUCCUCACAUAUAUAUCUCAUGGCAAGCCACUGGGCACAGACGUAAGUUCAACGUUUAGUUACUUGAGUUGUCAACUAACGUGAAUUGAACGAGAAAUCAACCAAAACAAAUCUGUAAAUGGAUUUAGGUCAAAGUUUGGGUGGAAAAAACACGAAAUUCCCUUACAUUGUUGCAAAUCUUGAAAUGACGUGGAAACAAUGUUGAUUCGUUCAGUUGUUGCCCAGUGGGAACAUUUUUUAUUGUUUAUGUCUGUUUGGGGUUGGACAUUGGAAAAGAAGGGCCAGAGAGAAAGAGAGAGAGAGAGACAAAGACAGAGAGAGAAUAGUCCAGACGUGAGAUGUGACGCGCUGCCGGAGCAGCCAGACACGACGAUCCAGUGUUGUUGAUGAAGAAUAAAAAUGUUCUACCAUCGAGGGAAAGUCUGCGCUAUUCAUGCGCCUUAUCCGUUAUAACGAGGUGAAGGAUCAGAGGUCACAGCAGGUCGGGGGCUAGAUGUCAGAGGUCAUGUCUACCGUGGCAUUCCAGGACCUUCCUCUCAAUAUCUACAUGGUCAUCUUCGGGACCGGAGUCUUCGUCUUCGUCCUGAGCCUCAUCUUCUGCUGCUACUUCAUCAGUAAACUCAGGCACCAGGCCCAACGAGAAAGGUUUGGAUACAAAGCGGUGGUGUUCAAGGGGGAUACAAAGAAACUGAAUCUACACGGGCAGACAUGUGCGGUGUGCUUGGAGGACUUCAGAGUAAAAGAUGAGCUAGGAGUGUUGCCAUGCCAACAUGCCUUUCACCGGAGGUGCCUGGUGAAGUGGCUGGAGGUGCGCUGUGUGUGUCCCAUGUGUAACAAGCACAUCGCUGGGCCACCUGAACAACGCCACAGUCUGGGCACACUGCUGGACGAACUGGUGUAGCAGGUUGCUAUAGCGAUACAGCUGGAAAGGACUGGUAUAGCGGGUUUGCUAUGAAUAUACAGCUGGAACGGACUGGUGUAGCGGGUUGCUAUGACGAUACAGCUGGAACGGACUGGUGUAGGAUGUUGAUAUGGUGGUACGACGGAACAGACUGGUUUAGGGGUCCCGGGACGGACUAUACGUCGUUGAAGCAAAAUGACGGGACAGUCUGUUCUUUGGGACCAGUGACGAAACCACAUGACACCAUAACUAUUGGGAAAGCUUCAGACUUCACACACUCAUUUAUUGAUAAGGAGAUGGGACACAGGGGCGGCAGGUAGCCUACCAGUUAGAGUGUUGGGACAGGUUGCUUGUUUGAAUCCCCGUGCCGACAAGGUGUAAAUCUGUCGACGUGCCAUUGAGAAAGGCACUUUUUUAAUGGCAGACCCUGGAUGUGACCCCUCUCUCUGAGGGUGUCUCAGGGAGAGUUGGGAUAUGCAAAAAACACAUGAAAUAGGACAAAUAUAAGCACCCACCAAACUAUCAUCAUUAUGGGUACUUUAGUAUGUCAUACUACACCGUAUCAGGUAGAAUCAGUCAUAUACUGACUGACUGCCCAAGCCUCUACAGUGCUCACUCCACCAGCGUGCCCACUUUUGAACAGACUUCUUCAUGAAGAAAGGAUUCACAAAGCCACAAACUCUGGGACUAAAACUCCAAUCUCAACCCUUAGUCAGUCUGGAAGAGGGGCUACCUGUGAAGAGAGUACUUGAGAUAACUCAAGGGCUGCAUUGCUGAACGCCCCGAUAGAAAUAUGAUGUAGAACACGUUUUCUUCCGACUAUGCCAUGUGUCUGUGUGUGUGCAUCCUGCUUAUAUUAAGUGGGUGUGACACACACUCCUGUUAUGAACUGUAGGAGGGACCAACAACUACAAUGUAUUUAUCCUGACCAGUAUUACCUUAUAGAUUUGCCAAACAAGCCUUUCCAGUUAAUUAUAUUUAAAGUAAAGGGAGACUUGGAACCAUUCCUUUCUGUGUGGUAACAUGCACUGAAGCACAGGCACCGCCCAAUAGCGAAGUAAACAGUCCCCAUUUGUACAAUAUCUGCUUUUGUAAAUAUGAGAAGAUACUAUGUGUCUGUUUUGAUCUAUGUCCAACCGUGUUUGUGGUGUGUGAACGAACAAGUCUCUUUUCUUGAAUUGACAAUCGCAAAGCGAACAAAAGCAACAAUAUCGUCAGAACUGACAAACAAAUCUGUUAGGGGUUAAAAUCAUAUUUGUGAUUAGAAAGUGCUUUUCUUCCAUCCUCUCUACCAUGACCAGAUAGUGAAUCGUACUUUCCCACCAGAGGAUAGGCCCAUUGAUGCACAGAUGGUAGCCUAGCAAUGUGUGUAUGAGUCAUCUGAUUCAUUCCUGGGUUUUUAGGUUAGAACACUACGCACCAGAAAUCAAUAAGUAUGAUGACUGUGUCCAAAACGGCACCCUAUUUCUAUAGUGCAUUAAAAUAGAAUGUCAUUUCAGACACAGCCCAAGUCUUGAGGAAGGCUACAGCAGGACAGCAGAGAGAUGUGGGCCUGGGGCGGACAUCACUUUCUGACCGUGCUGAAGAGGACAGAAGCACAGCACUUUUCAAACGCAACGAUUUUAACUAUUUGGCCUAACCUUUACUCUUAACCUCACUCCUAAGCCCAACCCUUGAUUAAAAAUAGAUGUCUCAAUA